AUGGUGAACAUCACGGAGAAAAUCAAGGAGAUCGAGGAUGAGAUGAGAAGGACGCAAAAGAACAAGGCCACAGAAUACCAUCUUGGUCUACUGAAAGGAAAGCUUGCACGUCUCCGCGCACAACUCCUUGAGCCUGGUCCGGGAUCUGGCGGUGGACCGGGAGCCGGGUUUGAUGUCAGCAAGAGUGGUGAUGCCCGUAUAGCGCUGGUCGGCUUCCCGUCGGUAGGAAAGUCGACCUUCUUGUCCAAGGUUACGAAGACGCGGUCAGAGGUUGCGUCCUACGCCUUCACAACGCUCACAGCCAUUCCUGGUGUGUUAGAGUAUGGUGGAGCAGAGAUUCAGCUGCUCGAUUUGCCGGGUAUCAUCGAGGGUGCUGCCGAAGGCAAGGGUCGUGGACGUCAGGUCAUCUCGGCGGCUAAGACGAGCGAUCUCAUCCUCAUGGUGCUGGAUGCGACGAAAAAAGCGGAGCAAAGAGCGCUGCUGGAAGCUGAAUUGGAGGCGGUAGGCAUCCGAUUAAACCGGGAGCCCCCGAACAUCUACCUCAAGCCCAAGAAGGCUGGAGGCAUGAAGAUCAACUUCCAGCAACCGCCCAAGAACCUGGAUGAGAAGAUGGUCUACAACAUCCUGCGCGACUACAAACUGCUCAACUGCGAGGUCCUCUUCCGCGACGACGAGGCCACAGUAGACGACCUCAUCGACGUCAUCAUGAAGGACCAUCGCAAGUACAUCAAGUGUCUGUACGUUUACAACAAGAUCGACAGCGUGUCCCUCGACUUCCUGGACAGACUGGCCCGCGAGCCGCACACUGUGGUCAUGAGUUGCGAGCUGGACCUUGGAAUCCAAGAUGUGAUCGACCGGUGUUGGAAGGAGCUGCAGCUGAUCAGAAUCUACACCAAGCGGAAAGGAGUGGACCCGGAUUUCAGUGAAGCGCUGAUUGUGAAGAAAGAAGCCACUAUUGAGGACGUGUGCGACCGCAUCCACAGGACGCUCAAGGACACAUACAAGUACGCCAUGGUGUGGGGAGCAAGCGCAAGACACAUACCGCAGAGAGUGGGCUUGAGUCAUCAGGUGGCAGACGAAGACGUGGUCUACAUUGUCAGCGGGUAUAAAGCAUAG